AUGGAUUCAUCAUCAUCUUCAAGCUUCAUCAUACCAGACAGCCCACCAACAGAGCAGCAGCUCAACUACUGGCAGCAGCAGCAGAAAGCUCGCAGCUCGGCUGCCACCUCCGCUGCCAUGGCUGCCGCCUCCGCUGUCUCCGCCGCCUCCUCCUCCGCCUCACCCCUGAAGAGACAGGGAAUCUUCGUUCAACGAGAGAGGGGUGAGGAGAUCGUGAUUCUGGACAGUCCUCUGCCACAAUCUACACCGGCUACCUGGGCACCGCGACGAGGGGUGCUGUCAACUCAACCCAGCAAGCAGCCGGUGAAGAGGAGGCUAGUUUUCGAGGACGAGACCGUGCUCACUCAAUCAAAGAAACGUGUGCCGGAAGAGGACAGCUCGAUUGUGCCUCUCUUGAGGGAGGAGGAGGAAGUGGAGACAGAGGACGAGAUGCAAUCGGAGAGCUUUCUGAGAUUAUUGAAUAGCCGCGUCGAGAAGCCAUGGACGCCUCUCCGCGAGUUGGAAGAGGGGUUGCCAUAUCCGAUAUGUGGCGUGAGAGAGGCGUCCAACCAGCACGGGCGGCGAAUUGUGCUCAAAAUCCAGGUACCCGGACUACGUACAACAGAUGUUUAUCUAACACUGCGAGUGAGAAUAUUGUACAACAGCUAAAGCCAAUGAAAUUAUAGUGUUUUUUUUUCACUCUCGACUUUUCACUCUAACUUUGAGUGUGGGCUAAGAGUAGUGAGAUGAAAAAGCUAUUCAUGCUGAUCUGGAGAGUGAUCAUUUACUGUAAUCUAAUUUAUGUUGAAAAAUGUACAUCUAACUAGACAUAGAAGUCUCCUCAUAACUAACCAAAUCCCUAGACAUAUUUAUUGUUUAACAAAGGAUGCUGACAACAAAAAAUUUGUACCAAAAAUAUUCUAUUGCUUGAAGC